AUGAAGUCGACGGGCUCCGCACCAGGGUCCCCGGGUACCAUUUCCCCUGCAUCUCGAUGUUCGCCGAUUCUGAGCCCCUCAAGCCAAGCAUCGAUUGAAACUGGCCGUGGAGCUAUCACGCCGUUAUCCAAUCCAGUGGUUCCCAGCAACGCCCCAUCAUCUCGGAUCGACGCCAAAAGCUUCCAGCCCUUGGAGUUGAAGGACAGCCGUCGCAGCUCGGGCGAUUCGAGCUUCAGAGAGCCCCAGGUUGUUUCUUUGUCUCCAUCCUUAUUCAUUCCGAGCGAAUUCCAGCAACAGUUACUUCUCAGGGAGACGGAAUUUCUUCAAGAACGCUCUGAGGCUCAGCGACUCAAAGAGCCGUACCGCUACAUUGCAUACGACGAGGAUAACGCCUUGCACAUGAGCGGCCAGUUGAUAUCAGGCUACCAGCGAUCCAGCUUGUCCACGACUGAAUCCACGCUCGGUUCCGACUCGACUGAAAAGCGACACAUGUCAACGGCAUCGUCUCGGACAACGCUGACGCAACAUACGGCGAGCAGCACAUCUCUCAACAAGAUGUCUGGCUCGUGGACUAUCGAAACGGAGUCUCUUCCCACAGAAGGUCCCUUUCAGCGGGAUGUCGUCCCGGAGCUGAUGCCGCUCUACCUGCGUGCCGGAACGAGAAAGAGCAGCCACAAGAGCCACGCUAGCGAGUCUCUGGUUUCGGAUGAGGUGGCGCCUUUGAAGUUUCCCGACAUUUCGAAACCGCGGAGACAACGGGCAAGAACCUCAAGCUUGAGCAUUCAGGCACCGCCACCCGCGGGCCAAUAUGCCUUGUUCCCUCGGGCUUACGUCAAGGCCGCUGGCGGCCAAAUCUAA